GCCUGCUGUCGGAAAUUUUCCAGGCGCUGGCUGCUGCCGGGCCUUGCCAUCAUCCAUCGAGCCAAGAGACGACCGGGUCCGACAUCCCCCUUGGACACCUACCAGCCCACCGCCGCCAUCGCUGCAGAAGGCCUCCCUUGGAGCAAGCCACAGCAGAGAUGAUGCACGACGGAAGCUCCUGCGUCUAUGGGCUGAAGCACCACGCCCGCUGCCUGACGGGGCAGCCAGGCGAACAAGAGAAGAACCGAUUUCUCGUCGGAACGCAAGGAUACAGAUGCGACAAUGAGAUUCAUCUGCUGGAGUUUGAUGAGGACGAGUUUGAGAUUCGAUUCCAUGCCUUUCGCCACCCAAACGAGAUCUGGCACAUUGCGCCGUCUCCGGCCCGUCCCGACCUGCUGAUCACCUGCCAUCGCGAAGUCCAAGCGUCCGGCGCUGUCCGUGGUCAAGCAACCCUUCUGAUGAUGGGCGCCCUCGAUACCGACGAGGAAGGGAAUCUGCGCAACAACACCGGCACGCUGGAAACACUCCUGUCGCUGGAGCCGGAUCGAACGCUGGGAGAUAUACAUAGGGUCCUGUGGUCUCCCACCGGCGGCACCGAAAAUAUCGUUGCGGUCGGCACGGAUGCAUUUGGGCUGCUGUCGAUCGACCGAGGACUGUCCAAGGCAGCGUCGCGGCAGUCGGUCAAGAUUCCCCUCCACGACCCGGCCGACGAAAUCCUUGCGGCUUCAUGGGAUCCCCAUAACACCAACAGCAUCUGCCUCGGAGCCGGAGGAACGGUGCAUGGCUGGGACAUCAAAGCAAACACCCAAGCCUUCAAGAUCGAGAAUGCACACGACGCAUCCAUUCGGGAUAUAGCCUUCAACCCCAACAAAGCACAUAGUCUCGCGACGUGCGGGGAUGACUGCUUCAUCAGGUUCUGGGACUUGCGCAAGGCCGAUGUGCCUGUGAAGCAGCUCAACAACCAUACACACUGGAUCUGGUCAGUGGCCUUCAACAAGUUCCACGACCAGCUGUUGCUAUCAUCAAGCUCAGACUCGUUGGUGAAUUUGGAGAGCAUCAUUUCGAUCUCAUCAUCAUCAUCAUCGUCGUCGUCGUCGGGUGGAGUAGAGGCUUCGGCUGAGAAGCUGCAGCAGACCCCGCACAUCCGAGUGCGCCACCACGGCCCGCUGGAAGAAGAGGAUGAAGAUCAAGAGUCGAAUGGCUCUGAAGCUGAACAUGCCGAUGACAACUCGGACGAAGAUGGCUUGGACGAGGACCUCGAGUCGAACAGGCCAACGGAUGGACUUGUUGCGACCUACGACCAGCACGAAGAAAGCGUGUACUCGGUGGCCUGGAGCGAGGCGGACCCGUGGGUGUUUGCGUCGCUCUCGUGCGAUGGACGGGUGGUGGUCAACACCGUGCCGCGAGAACACAAAUACAAGAUCAUCCUUUAGGAGCAGGG